UUGUGUAUUUCCUGUCCUAUUUUUAUAUUAUUUUAGAUUCGUGGAUUCAGCGCGUUAAGUCACGUUAUCUUUUGGUGCGAUCGCGUGAACGAUGGCUGUAGACGCAUCCGGGGAGUAUUUAAUUUUCUGUACCAGUAGCGGGCACGAUAACAAUAAUUAGGCUAUCUCGACAGCAUCGUAUCUGAUUUUUUUCUUUUGGAAAAAUUUUAAUAAUAUUUUUUUACCUAGCGCUUGUUCUAAAAAAAUCGAUGAAAUAACGACAAUGAUUGAUGGUUGCCGCCUUGUAAUUUUUUAUUCCAUUAUCGAGUUACUUGGACCGGAAUGAUCGCGCCUAAACCCACUGCAACUGGUAACGAGAAGUGCCACUGCACACAAAAAUACUUAAGCUAACCUUGAUGGAAUAGUUAACGGCGCGUCGCGUCGCUUCAAGCGACGAUGCGGUCAUAAUCAUUAUCGUUUGUUUUUUCUGUACAAUACGGAAAACACUAUAAUAAAUUCAUGUUUAUUUAAGAACUUAAAUAAUAUUCGUAACGUGAUCUGUUAACAAAUGGCGUAAGUAACUAGCUUUGUGUAACAUCGCACCACGCCUCUACUUAACUGUAAUUACCAUUUACUCAUUUUCCUUAAAAAUAUUAACGUUUUAUAAAUUUUACCGACGUAAAUGUUGUUUGACUUUACGUCUGAGUUAAUAAAAUCAAUAACUUUUAUCAAAGUUAUAAAAUCACGUUGAAGAUAAACCCAUUUGCCAUUUUGAUUACGCGCGCGUUCAACGCGACGCGAAAACGCGCGCCAAACAAUAAUGGCGAUCGUGAACUGAUACGGAACGAAAAAGAAAUUAAAUAUUAAAGCUUCCUUUCUCUUGCUAAUAAUUUUGCUACAUAAUUUUUAUCGUUAAUUUCAGCUGUUAGGAUGCGGGGUGAUAGGAUUUAUGAUGUGGAUUCUCGCCACCUCUUCCACAGUUGGGAUGUUUUUUACAGGAGCAUUGAUAUUUACAUAUGUUGUUUUGGGUUUUGGAACUCUUAUUUUUAUAGGAGGUCUUAUUGGAUGGAUAGGAUCUUAUAGAAAAGGUGGAUGUUUGAUGAAGUUGUUUCUUCUUCUAUCUGUUCUAACUAUUGCCUGUGAAAUUGGAGGUAUUGUGGCUCUCUACAUCAUGAAUGUAAAGUUGGUCAAAGUAUUAGGAAUUGCUUGGAAUGAAGUAAAUCAGGAUGCUAGAAAUGUCCUACAAAGAGANGUGCAUCAUGAAUUUUUUUCGACUGGCUGA